UCUGGAGGACUCUUGUGGCAUAGAUUAUUCAAAGUGGGUAAUAUGUGAUAAAGUAAUAUUUUUAGCAAAUGGAAGUCCAUCGGGGUUCCAAAUUAUUACUAGUUUUUUGUUUAGAAGUAGUCUCUAGAAAACUUGGACACAAUGGAGAAGUAUUUGUGGCUUGCAUUGCUGGUGACAAUUACAACUAUUCGAGCUCAGCCCACUGCUGAUAUUUUACGCUAUUUUCAAGAUCCUGAACCAAAUAUUACACUAAGGCCCAAAAUUACCACGGCCGAUCGCAUUGCUUCCCAUGGCUAUCCAGCAGAAACCCAUAAAGUAGUCACCGAGGAUGGUUAUAUUGUGACCCUUUUCCGCAUUCCCUAUUCCCAUAAGCUACAAAAUCAAAAUGCCUAUCGUCCGAUAGUUUUGAUACAGCAUGGCUUAUUCAGCUGUUCCGAUGCCUGGAUGGGUGUAGGUCCAAAUGAUGGCAUCGGUUUCAAUUUAGCCGAUGCUGGGUACGAUGUUUGGUUUGGCAAUGCUCGUGGCACCACCUAUGGUCGUAAUCACACAUCGAGGUCUACAAAUCACCCAUACUUCUGGCGUUUUAGUUGGCAUGAAAUUGGUCAUUAUGAUAUUGCGGCCAUGAUUGAUUACGCCCUGGCCACAAAUGGCCAAGGGCAAAAGGCCAUACAUUAUGUGGGCCACUCACAGGGGACCACUGUGUUCUUUGCCCUGAUGUCAUCACGUCCCGAGUAUAAUGAGAAAAUUAAAACCGCCCAUAUGUUGGCCCCCGUUGCCUUUAUGAGCAACAUGUCCGAUAAGUUGGUGAGAACAUUGGCGCCCUAUCUGGGGCAUCACAAUACCUAUUCGGCCUUUUUCGAUUGUCAGGAGUUUAUACCUCACAAUGAUCUGUUUUCCAAGUUGCUCUACAAUGCCUGUGCCCCACAUUCAAAGCUUAAUAGCUUGUGCAGUAGCAUUGCCUAUAUGGUUGAGGGUCCCGAGAGCAAUGUGAAUAUGACUGCCCUACCCAUCAUGGUUGAAAGCCAUCCGGCUGGGGCCUCUACCAAUCAGAUAUGCCAUUACAUGCAAGAACAACAGUCGGGACGAUUCUGUCUCUAUGAUCAUGGCCCCAAAAGGAAUAUGGAAAUGUAUGGUCAAAUCACGCCUCCUGACUAUCCUCUGGAGUUAAUUUCUUCUCAGGUCCAUCUGUGGUACAGUGACAAUGAUGACAUGGCCGCUGUGGUAGAUGUUGAACGUUUGGCAGAAAAAUUGCCCAAUCGGGUGAUGCAUCACAUGGAAGAUCCCACAUGGGCUCAUGGUGAUUUUGCCAUGCACAUAGAAGUCAAGAAAUUUGUCAGUGAUCCAAUUGUGGAAAUCAUGAAUAAUUAUGAAAAGGAAAUGCAAUUAUGAAAAAAUAAAUAUUUAGGAUGAAAUU